AAAACAGAGAAGGAGACUUAGAAAAGGCGAGAAAGAAGCCGAGAGAUAGGAGAGGAAGAGAAGAGAUAUAAAAAGUAAAGUGGGAGAAUAAUUUUAUACAAAGUAUACCAUAUCAUAAUAUAAUUCCUUCUAGUAAAAUUUUUAUAUUGUCUAAUUUAAUUUUUUAUUUAUUUUUCAACAUCUUUUAUAACAAAAACGUCUUUUAUUAGCUAUAUUUUUCCAAUAUGAAGACCUUUCAUGAUUUUGUGGAAUACAAAACGAUUUCUUGUGCUAGGAAAAAUGAAAAUAUUUUGGGGGCCCUUUUUCACCCCGCUUCUAUUUCUGUCGCCUUACUGAUUUCACUGACCGAGUGCUUCACUCAUGGCGGCGAACGAAGAGUGUGCUAGGAGCUCUGAAAUUGCGAUCAAAGAAGAACCCAAAACUCAAAACCCCAUAUUCCCCAUUUUCUCAAAUAUUAUUGGGUUUCUUCAAUUGAAUCGAGAAUCGAGGCCGAAGGUUGCUGCGGUUACAGAGCAAUCGACAGCGACAAAGCCCGGUGGUAUUGACGAAAGAGAGAGCAAAACUUCGAAGCCGGACUCUGUGAUUUAUCCUUAUACUGCACCAGUGUUCCCUCCGAUGGUACUGGAGACCGAAGAGGCCACCCACAGUUCCAGCUCUGCAGUUCUUUGGCAGGUUUAUGCUCUUGGAGGAUUUAUAAUUCUGAAGUGGGUGUGGGCACGAUGGAAGGAGAGGCAGUCCAGAAAUGAUUCCUCCGAUGCAGACCCUUCUUCCCAUGAAGAUUAGUCCUUAAUAUUUCGAGGUUGAAACUGGAAGAGUGGAGGGGUAUCCUAUGGCACUGUUGAUAUAGAAUGAAAACCAAUACUUAGCCACUAAUCUUAUGUUUGGAGAGGUUUGGAUUUGGAUUUGUGUGGAUUUGACAAAGACUCAACACAAAAUUGUAGUAAAUUUUAUUAAAAUUUAAAUUUAAAUUUCGAUGUCACAUAGCAUAAGCAUUUUAAGAGACCACAGUUAAUGUUGCUGGUGCCAGGUCCAUUAUUGGCAGAAAGAAACAUUGGGUCUCCUGAUUUCUUCAGAAGCGAGCCCUUACUAUUAUUUUUCGUCUAAAUUUACAUGCUAAAAAUAUUUUAUUAAUCUUAAAGGUAUAUUUUAUUUGGUUCAAUAUUUUUGGGCCAGGGUGUAAAAGGUCCCCAAAACAAGCAAGUUCUAGCUUCUUUCGUUUCAAUGAGAGAUGAAGUGUAGCGUAAGUAAAAUUAUAUAAGAAAAGAUGUCGUUAAAUUUGUAUAUAGAAAUAUAAGAAGAGCGUUCCUUAGAUAAUUAUUUGUAAAAAUAAACCAACCUUGUAUUGAGACAUGCAAAAUUCCAAUGUUAAACUAGUUGAAUUAAAACUCUUUCAAAACUUAGGAGCACCUGUUGACGUGGAACAAGCGUAGAAUAUGGUCUGUCUGUCUGUGCAGAAGUCUAUUUCAAAAAGCUAACAUUGGCCUUGAAUUAAGGCAUUGGAAAGUGAAAUUGGGAUUAAUUUAAUUUGCUCAUUUUGAAAACAAUUUUUUGAAAAAAAAGAAAUUGUAAUAAUAAGGAUAAUACGAGUUCCAUUAAAUAAAACUUAAUGUAUCAGUAAUAAUCAAUAGAAUUUGUCAUUUAAUUGUUGUAAUUUUGAUCCUUGUUUUCAUUAAUAGAGAUGUUUUAUUUUUUAUUUAUUUUUAUUGUCCAGACUCAAUGGGGCAGUGCAAGACUAAUCAAGUGAUCCAUUUGUGCAAUCCUCUUUGAUUCAACACUUUAAUUGUUUGCUGCUAAUUUCAACUCAGGCAGUGGGAUCAUUUUCAAUUGCCUCUUCAUGUAGGUGUUUUAAAUCCUUUAUAAAUGAAUGUGACCUUAAGCGGCUGGUUCACACAAAUAGUUAUGAAUUACUAAUAAUAGUAAUGAGUGAAUGAAUGAAUGAGUGUAUAAAUAAAUAAAUAAAGAGGUGUCGAAGGGAUGCAACAAGUGUAGGCGCACUUGGACGUGGCCCCUAACACCUAUAUUUCUCCCAAAGAAAAAAUGACAGCACAGUUGGAGGACAGCUUUGACGGAACCGUUACGACCCGUGACGGCCGAAUCUGCAUUCACUCGCGUCGAACAAACACCGUCACUCGUUUAAUAGCCUUCGUUACGACGAUCCGUCACCACUCGCCUAACGUCGUCGCCGUCGUCGUCUACCGCUCGUCGUCGUCCUCCUCAUCGCCUCCCCUGGUUCGAAACCCUAACCCUAACUCCUCGAGGAUCUCCCAUGGCCUCCUGCAAUGACGACUUUCCCUUGAUCUCAGACGACGACAACUCUCAAGCCCCUCCGCAGCACCUCGCGCACCACCACCAUCACCAGGCUUUUCCUUCUCACCACCACGCCGCUGCAGGUGCGAGCCCUAGAAAGGUUUCCGGCGCGGGAAGCACCGAUGCCGACGAAGAUUCCGGCAACGCCGCCUUCUACGCCCAGGUCGCCGACGGAAACCCAUUCGCCGGCGACGAUUCGUCCAAUCCGACCAAAUCCGGCCACGUCACUACGAACGGCAAGCGCAACCCUUACUAUUAUAAGAAACUGAAGCCUACGACCGCCGGAGGUGGCGGAGGCGGCGGCGUCUCUGAUUCCGGCAGCGAGUACCGGGUUGAUUACAGGAAGGACCGCGAGGAGUGGAGUGACUCGGCGAUCUCGUGCCUCCUCGAUGCUUACACGGAGAAAUAUACGCAGCUCAACCGGGGGAACCUCCGGGGGCGGGAUUGGGAGGAGGUGGCAGAGAUCGUGAGCGAGCGGUGUGAUAAGCAGAAAUCAUGUAAGAGUGUGGAGCAGUGCAAGAAUAAGAUUGAUAAUUUGAAGAAGAGGUAUAAGGUGGAGCUUCAAAGAAUGAGCAACGGGGGUAUGCAAGUUAGUCAUUGGCAUUGGUUCAAGAAGAUCGAGGCGAUUGUGGGUAAUUCACCAUCAUUCAAGAGUGUUUCGGAUGAGGAUAGGUCUGUUGGGCCCUCUGCCUAUAUGCUGAGACAAUCUAAGAGAUAUGGGCCCAGCACCCCUGCCUUUGCAAACAACAUGAAAACCAAAUCAAUGUCAAAUAUAAAGUGGCGGAGGGUAGUUUUUAAAAUUAGCGGUGCUGCGCUAGCUGGGGACUGUCAGAAUAUUGACCCUAAGGUAGCAAUGCAGAUUGCUAAGGAAGUGGCAACAGCUUGCCGCCUUGGUGUAGAGGUGGCAAUUGUUGUUGGAGGUCGUAACUUCUUUUGUGGAGAGUCAUGGGUAUCUGCUACUGGACUGGAUAGAACCACAGCAUAUCAAAUUGGUAUGAUGGCAACAGUUAUGAAUUCUGUAUUACUUCAAUCUGCUUUUGAGAAGCUGGGCGUUCAAACUCGUGUACAGAGUGCUUUUGCAAUGCCAGAAGUUUCUGAACCAUAUAGCCGGCAACGGGCCAUACGGCAUCUUGAGAAGGGAAGAGUUGUCAUAUUUGGUGGCAUUGGAGCUGGCACUGGCAACCCACUUUUCUCCACUGAUACUGCAGCGGCUCUAAGAGCUUCUGAGAUUAAUGCAGAUGCAGUUCUUAAAGGCACAAAUGUAAAUGGCAUCUAUGAUUGUCCUUCUGGGAACAGCGUCACGGUGGAUCACGUUUCCUUUAGAGAAGUGGCAUCUAGAGGGACCAACCCGAUGGACAUGAUGGCAAUGACAUACUGUGAGGAGAAUGGAAUUCCAGUUGUGGUCUUUAACUUGCUUGAGCCUGGGAAUAUUUCAAGAGCAUUGUGUGGAGACCAGGUUGGCACCUUAAUCGAUCAAGCAGCAAGGAUUAGUUAAUGCAUGUGGAACUGUAUUUUGCCACCUGCUUUGCUGCCGGUGCUUGAUACUAGAACAUUUUUCCUAAGCUAGUCAAUUUAUUUCAAGCCUGGGGGAACGAGUACCCUACAUGUAGACCGAGUCGAUUUAUAGAUCAUGCAUGACGAUUUCAAGCAUGAAGACAUGAGGGAUCAUAAUCUGCUUUGGUGAUUUUACCCACUUUGCUGCUUGAUGUUGACUUCAAAGUAGCGCUGCUUAGCUGUAUUUUGGAUAACUGUUGUUUCAAACUAGGUUAGAUUAAGUGGUUGUGGUGCUGGCCUUAUAAUAGCAAUCAUCAAGAAGGCGGUGUAUUUUAAGUGAAGCUCAGGGAUGUGAUAUAAAUGAUAGGUAGAAGUAGGCGUUUUUUUUCUGCCCAGUGUGUUUAAAUGGGCACUGAGAGGAAGUUUCCUUUUUGAUAAUAAACAUGAUAAACUGCAUGUAUUAUGAUGUCAUCAAUUCCCUUCCUGUAUUUGUUUGUAAAUGGCUUUGUAUUGCCUUUCACAAUGUUAUUUGUACUACUUAUUACCAGAUACAUAACAUGUAAUGAUCUUAUAGAGUUUGUGGUAAUGUUUAAGAAAUACAGAACAUUGGGAGGUAGCCAUA